AUGAUGUGCGAGGUGAUGCCAACCAUCAGUGAAGCAGAAGGCCCCCCGGGAGGAAGUGGGAGCCAAGGGUCCAGCUCCCCUUCACAGCCAGAUGCAGAUUCACAUUUUGAACAGUUGAUGGUCUCCAUGCUGGAAGAGAGGGACCGUCUUCUCGACACGCUGAGAGAGACCCAAGAAACGCUGGCAUUAACCCAGGGGAAACUGCACGAGGUUGGUCACGAAAGAGAUUCCUUGCAGAGGCAGCUUAAUACCGCGCUUCCACAGGAGUUCGCAGCACUUACUAAAGAACUAAAUGUAUGCAGGGAGCAGCUUCUUGAAAGAGAAGAGGAAAUCGCGGAGCUGAAAGCAGAGAGGAACAACACCAGGCUGCUCCUGGAGCACCUGGAGUGCCUGGUCUCCCGGCACGAGCGGUCCCUCCGGAUGACGGUGGUCAAGCGGCAGGCGCAGUCCCCCGCCGGCGUGUCCAGCGAGGUGGAGGUGCUCAAGGCGCUGAAGUCACUGUUCGAGCACCACAAGGCCCUGGACGAGAAGGUGAGGGAGCGGCUGCGCGUGGCGCUGGAAAGGUGCAGUUUGUUAGAAGAGGAGCUAGGCACCACGCACAAAGAGCUGAUGAUUCUUAAAGAGCAGAAUAACCAGAAAAAGGUACUAACGGAUGGGGUGCUUGACGUAAGUCACGAGCAGGAAAACACGCCAAGCGCCAAUGGAGAGAGAUCCUCCGACGGCUCUCUGAGCCACGAGGAAGACCUGGCCAAGGUGAUCGAGCUCCAGGAAGUCAUUGACAAGCAGUCGCGGGAGCAGAGCCAGAUGAAGGAGCGCCUGGCAGCCCUGUCUGCCCACGUAACGGAGCUGGAGGAGGACCUGGACACGGCCCGGAAGGACCUCAUCAAGUCCGAGGAAGUGAACACAAAGCUGCAGCGGGAUGUCCGCGAAGCCAUGGCCCAGAAGGAGGACAUGGAGGAGAGAAUCACUACCCUUGAGAAACGCUACCUCGCCGCACAGCGCGAAGCCACCUCUGUGCACGACCUCAACGAUAAACUUGAAAAUGAAAUCGCAAAUAAGGAUUCUAUGCAUCGACAGACGGAGGAUAAAAACCGCCAGUUGCAGGAGCGCCUGGAGCUGGCGGAGCAGAAGCUGCAGCAGACGCUGCGGAGGGCAGAGACGCUGCCAGAGGUGGAGGCUGAGCUGGCGCAGAGGGUGGCCGCGCUCUCCAAGGCGGAGGAGAGGCAUGGCAACAUCGAGGAGAGGCUGCGGCAGAUGGAGGCCCAGCUGGAGGAGAAGAACCAGGAGCUGCAGCGGGCAAGGCAGAGAGAAAAAAUGAAUGAAGAACACAAUAAACGCUUAUCAGAUACCGUGGAUAAGCUUCUGUCUGAAUCAAACGAGAGGCUUCAGCUUCAUCUGAAGGAGAGAAUGGCUGCUCUGGAGGAUAAGAAUUCUCUCCUACGGGAAGUUGAAAAUGCGAAAAAGCAAUUAGAAGAAAUGCAAAACGACAAGGACCAGCUGAUUCUAAACCUGGAAACCCUGAGAGCCGAACUGGAGCAGACGAGGCUGCGAGGGGCUCCCCUCCACCACGGCCGACCGCACCUGGGCAGCGUCCCGGACUUCCGGUUCCCUGUGGCAGAUGGGCCUGCAGACUCCUUCGGUGGGGCGGCGGUCCUGCGGCGCCCCCAGAAAGGCCGGCUGGCAGCGCUGCGUGAUGAGCCGUCCAAGGUGCAGACGCUGAAUGAGCAGGACUGGGAGCGCGCACAGCAGGCCAGCGUGCUGGCCAACGUGGCCCAGGCAUUCGAGAGCGACGUGGACGUGUCUGACGGCGAGGGCGACGGGGCCACGCCCUUCAGCUCUGCCGCCCUGCUGUCCCCCAGUGGGCAGGCCGAUGCCCAGACUCUGGCCAUGAUGCUCCAGGAGCAGCUGGACGCCAUCAACAAAGAGAUCCGGUUGAUCCAAGAGGAGAAGGAGAACACGGAGCAGCGGGCGGAGGAGAUCGAGAGCAGGGUGGGCAGCGGGAGCUUAGACAACCUUGGUCGUUUUAGAUCAAUGAGCUCCAUCCCCCCGUAUCCCGCCUCCUCGCUUGCCGGCUCCUCCCCGCCCAGCAGCGGGCGAUCCACACCCCGGAGGAUGCCGCACAGCCCGGCGCGGGAAGUAGACCGGCUGGGCAUCAUGACUCUGCCUAGUGAUUUAAGGAAACAUCGUAGAAAGCUGCCAGCUUCCCGGGAAGAGGUACGAGAUGACAAGACCACCAUCAAAUGUGAAACCUCGCCCCCCGCCUCGCCGCGGUCCCUGCGGCUGGACCGACUGCACCCAGGGGCGCUGCACGCAGUCAGCCACGAGGACGUCAGGGACGCCCGCAACUCGACCGGCUCUCAGGACGGGCCCGUGAGCAACCCGAGCAGCAGCAACAGCAGCCAGGACUCGCUGCACAAGGCCCCGAAGAAGAAGGGCAUCAAGUCCUCCAUCGGCCGCCUGUUUGGCAAGAAGGAGAAGGGCCGGCCCGGACACCCCGGCAAGGAGGCGCUGGGGCCAGCUGGUGUUUCAGAGACAGAAAACUCAUCUCAGGAUGCCCUCGGGCUCAGCAAAUUGGGAGGACAAGCUGAAAAAAAUCGGAAGCUUCAGAAAAAGCACGAGUUGCUCGAGGAAGCCCGGAGACAAGGCUUGCCUUUUGCACAGUGGGACGGGCCUACUGUUGUGGUCUGGCUGGAGCUCUGGGUCGGGAUGCCGGCCUGGUACGUGGCUGCUUGCCGAGCCAACGUGAAGAGCGGCGCCAUCAUGUCCGCCCUGUCGGACACGGAGAUCCAGCGUGAGAUCGGCAUCAGCAACCCGCUGCACCGGCUGAAGCUGCGGCUGGCCAUCCAAGAGAUCAUGUCCCUGACCAGCCCCUCUGCCCCGCCCACGUCCAGAACGACCACAGGAAAUGUCUGGUUAACGCACGAGGAGAUGGAGACGCUCACGGCCACGCCGCACACGGAGGAUGAGGAGGGAAGCUGGGCUCAGACCCUCGCGUACGGGGACAUGAACCACGAGUGGAUCGGCAACGAGUGGCUGCCCAGCCUGGGGCUCCCACAGUACCGCAGCUAUUUCAUGGAGUGCCUUGUGGACGCGCGGAUGCUGGACCACUUGACCAAGAAAGACCUUCGUGGACAACUGAAAAUGGUUGAUAGUUUUCACAGAAACAGUUUCCAGUGUGGAAUUAUGUGCCUGCGAAGGUUGAAUUAUGACCGAAAAGAACUGGAAAGGAAAAGAGAAGAGAGCCAGAAUGAACUGAAAGACGUGCUGGUUUGGAGCAACGACCGAGUGAUCCGCUGGAUCCUCUCUAUUGGCCUCAAGGAAUACGCGAACAACCUUGUCGAGAGCGGCGUGCACGGGGCGCUGCUGGCCUUGGACGAGACGUUUGACUUCAAUGCGCUGGCCCUCUUGUUACAGAUCCCCACGCAGAACACACAGGCUCGUGCUGUCUUGGAAAGAGAGUUUAACAACCUCUUGGUCAUGGGAACCGACAGAAGGUUUGAUGAAGACGAUGAUAAAAGCUUUAGGAGAGCACCUUCUUGGAGGAAGAAAUUCAGACCAAAGGAUGUCCGUGGCUUAGCUGCCGGGUCCGCAGAGACUCUGCCCGCGAACUUCCGGGUCCCUUCCUCUCUGUCCUCGCCCUCGGUGCAGCCAAAGAAGAUGCAGCUGGACGGUAGCGUGGCGGGAACGCAGAGGCUGGAUUCCGCCACAGUCAGGACUUACUCCUGCUGA